UCACUGUUGUCAGUAAGGGUUUCCAUUACAGCAGUCACAGAUGGCUGAGCAGAGGAGGAUAGUCAUGCCGACUGCUAGAGCAACAGGCAGCAGGGGACGACUGACCGGCGACACAGUCAAACUCAACAAUAAGACUUAUGUCCCAGGCAAGGUGAACUUCACCUCUUACCUCGGAUAUUCCAGUGGGUCGGGUUUCACGUCAAACCAGAGACCAGCCAUAUAUUACAGGCCCAGUAAGGACCACAUUGACAACCCUCAGUUUGGACUCCUGUUAGCUGACAGUUUCACGUCUCAAACUAAACAAGACUACCAGCCUCACAUCCGCUCCCAUUUUUCGGGGUCUUUGCCAAACGUCAUUAACAAACCCAGAGACAUUGGCUACCUUCAACUGAGGACACGCCAAAAGACAGACCCUGUGGAGGACAAGACAGAAUACCGAAACUCGUAUGUGCCACAUCAUCUCACACCAGCAGUCUCUCAGCAUCACGUGACUGUUGGUCCAAGACGAGAAAGCGGUUUCACUGAAGGAGCAGACCUUCAACUUAACACUUUUCAGGAGAAAGAAAUCUGCAUGGUUCAACCUCAGCAGACUCCCAGCUCAGUGAUGAAAAAUGACUUCACAGCACCGUCCUAUCUGCAGGACACUGAGGCGAGGCCAAACAUGUGCAACAGCAAUUUUUCUCGAGAAACAGGAUUCACUAGAGGUGCUAUCGCUCCCUUGGCCUGCCCUACCUCCCUUCUGCCAUCACUCCAGACCAAAAGCAAUGCACCUAUUGAGAAAACCAUAGGAAAAAAGGAGCCUACAGGUUAUCUUCUCAAUACUUCAAACAACCAGGCUUUCCCUAACACACCUUUUCAUUUUUCACACUUCAACACACAUUAUAAAAGCACAUUCUGUAAUCAGUUUGAUUAUGAAAAGCUGAAUUCUGGCCCCAGCUGUCCCAGAAUCAUCAGUGGGAAAAUGGACAGCGGCUACAAUCGCCGAGACAUGGACAGGUUGAUCUUUAGGGGCUAGACCGUCACACUCCUGAGAUGGUACCAGCAUGACUAAAAAUAAAAUAUGGGCUUUCUUGUGAACACAUUUCUCUGGGUGAUUUGUGCAGAAAUAAAAAUUGUUGAUGUGUGA